CGGAUACUGUAAUCCGGGCAAUUCCUAGAGGUGGAAGAAUGGCGGCACAGACCUGCAUGGGUCUGUACCGUGACGUAUGCCGCGUCGCUCGGGAAUUUCCGCCUCUCAUGGGCAAGAAGAUCCGCUUCAAUGCUCGAGAGAUCAUUCGCUUGCGUCGUCAUGAACAAGAUCCUGUGAAGAUCAAGGCGUACCUUCGUCAAGGAAUUGAUGACCUCGCGACGCUUCGACUGGUAGCGCAGACUCCGUCGCUUGUCGACGCCAUGGAUCGCAAGCCACAGCGUUAGCAUCUCGGCUUCUAUUGUAUUAUACACGCCUUGGACUUAUUGUUUGC